AUGCCAACCAUCGUCGCACAUCACUCGUCUCCGAUGGCAGUAGAAACCCAAAAACCCGGGGAGAUCCGGUCCAAAGGAUGUUCCACUCCUCAGAAACGGAGAUUAAGAUCCGAUUCGGAUCGAAAGGACAGUCCGAUAUCUUUUACUCAAUUGCCGAUGCAUUGUUCUCCGAUGAAGUGGAAGUCGCCUCGCCGUUGCGGCACUGAUAGCCCAAGAACUCCGGGAAAUGGAAUCGAGGAAAAUUCGGGAGAUGCAAUGUUGAGUGCAGUGAAGGAGGCAUUGCACGUUUCAAUGGCGCCAUCUACAGUUGUGUGCCGGGAAGAUGAGCAGAGUAGGGUUUUGGAAUUCUGCAAGCAAUGCAUAGAGCAAGAGAAGGCGGGCAGUUUGUAUGUUUGUGGAUGCCCUGGCACUGGAAAAUCGCUUUUGAUGGAAAAGGUUAAGGAGGCUUUGUUUGAUUGGGCAAAGGAGGUACAUUUUCAGCCACCGGAUGUAGCAUCCAUUAAUUGUACGUCUCUUACCAACACUGCUGAGAUUUUCAGCAAGAUACUUGGAAAUAAUCAACCGCCGAAGAAAACCAGUUGUUCUAAAUCGCCUUUACACCAUCUCCAAAGCUUGUAUUCUCAAAAGCAGCCAUCAACUGGCACAAAGAUGAUGCUGAUUAUUGCUGAUGAGUUAGAUUUUUUGAUUACCAAAGACCGGACAGUGCUUCAUGAUCUUUUCAUGCUAACAACGUUUCCAUUCUCCAGAUGUAUCUUGAUAGGAAUAGCUAAUGCUAUUGACCUGGCAGAUAGAUUUCUUCCAAAACUGCAGUCUUUGAAUUGCAAGCCCAUGGUUAUAACUUUCCGAUCCUACUCCAAGGGUGAGAUCAUCAUGAUUCUUCAACAGAGACUUAAGGCACUUCCUUACACUGUCUUCCAGCCACAAGCAUUGGAACUCUGUGCUAGGAAAGUAGCUGCUGCAUCUGGAGAUAUGAGGAAAGCUCUUUGUGUUUGCAGGAGUGCUAUUGAGAUGUUAGAAGCCGAGCUAAGAGAAUCUACCAGCAAUCUGAAUUUGUUACAAUUGGAGAGGGGGUUUUCUAAUCACCAGACCAUUGGUGCAUGUGAAAUUUCAACAAAGCAAGAAAAAAAUAUUGUGAGAGUUGAUCAUAUGGCUAUUGCUUUGUCUAAGGCAUACAGAUCGCCAAUACUGGACACUAUACAAUCCCUCCCACAUCAUCAACAGAUUAUACUGUGCUCAGCUGUGAAGCUUUUUCGCAUGGGAAGGAAGGAUACAACUGUGGGGGAGCUGAGUAAAUAUUACAUAGACAUCUGUAAAUCAACAUUAAUCCCACCGGUUGGAAUUAUGGAGCUUUCAACCAUGUGCCAAGUGCUAGGUGACCAGGGGCUUCUUAAAUUGGGCCAAUCGCGAGAAGAUAAAGUAAGAAGAGUCACCCUUAAUAUAAAUGAAGCCGAUAUUACUUUUGCAUUGCAGGGUGUUCGUUUCUUUCGGAAUUGUCUUCAGUAA